AUGGGAAAUUGGUGUAUAAAUGCGUCGCAAAAAAUCCAAAGCAUUUCAGGUAAGUUUCAUUUAGACCUGCAGUAUUUCAACUCAGUGUCUCUCAAAGUAGCCGAUCGCGAUCACGUCGGGCACAUUACUGGAGAAAGCCAAUGCUUUGUUCACCUUCCAGGUCCAAUCCAUCAGCAAAGUCUUCUUACUACUGUUUAUAAAUUACCUUUAAGAAUAUGUGGUAGCGUUCUCCCAAGUCUAAAUCAUCUCGAUGGCAAGGCAAGUCCUUCGCUAGACACCUAUGCAAUCCUUUCCAAAAAUGGUUGCCUCUUCUGCAUCCUUUUUGAUGGGCACGGAACAGAAGGUGGCAAAAUUGGGCUCCAUGUCAUUUCUAGCUUUUUGAUAGCCUGUUUGACCCAAAAUUUUUGAUAAUCAGAUAUUGUUCUCAAAAAAUUAUUAAUUUUUUGACUAAAAAUCUACUAGAAACUGUCUAACUAUAAAACAAAAUUAUGAACGGCAAAAUCAUUGCUUUUUGCAAAAAGUUUAUGCUUGACUUUUUCUCAGAAAAUUUCCAGAAGUUUGAAGAAUCACCUAAAGAGACCAUUAUUGAGAUGGUGCAUCAGUGUGAUGAAAAAUUAAGCCAAAGCGGGAUCAGCUGCUCACUGUCUGGAUGUACAGCAGUUGUGCUUGUUAUGAACAAAGAAGGGAUCCAUGUAGGGAGUGUAGGCCACCCACAAGCAGUUUUAGCGAGUUUACCUAGUGACGACUCGCCUACACAAAAUGAUGAAGCAUCUAUAGAAAUAGGUGAUGAAAUUGAGGCGACCCAGUAUAUCAGAAGUAUAGAGCCAUCAAGGAUUUUAGCACCUAUUGCAUUGACGCUGAAGCAGAAGCCAAAUCAUGAAAUAGAAUUUAAAAGAAUAACUGAAGCUGGAGGAAUCGUGGAAAGAAUGGUAGAUGAUUUAGGACAGCCUAUUGGGCCAUAUAGAGUUUGGUUGAACCCAGGAAACCUGCCUGGAUUAACAACUUCAAGGACUAUUGGUGAUGCUCUUGCUAAAGAAAUUGGUGUAAUCUCUACACCAAUCUGCAACUCUUUCAAAAAAUUUAUAAGCUUUUUUUCCCUGAAUAGACUAUAAAAUAUCCAUCAAUUUUUAAAAAUAAUUUAUAAUAAGCCAUUCAGAAAACAAGCUUUAUACCGGAGCUGACCAGUUUAUUGUAAUUGCCAGCAAUGGAAUUUGAGAUGUCAUGGACCAAACUGAAGUCAUCAAUUUUGUUGAAAAAUUCAGGACAUCUUGCAAAGGGAAGUCAGCUGAUUAUCCAGCUAACGCUACAAACUCGUCAAUUGCAAGACUAUUGUGCGAAGAAGCGAGAUAUAGGUGAUUUGGGAUCGUGGAAAAACAAAAUGCGAUGAUUGAUGAUAUUUCAUGUAUAAUUAUUGAGUUAAGUAAUGUAGUCCCAACAAUGCCAACAGGAGAGUCUGCAAAGGUGACAGCUUCAAGAGCACUAGAGCCUUGGAAAACAAUUGCUAUUGAUAGUGAAGUUUAUGUGGCCAAUAAACAUGCGAUAAGAAAUGACCCUGCGAGAGGAAGUAUGACGACUGGAGAAAUCCAUAACGAAAUUAUUGAAGCUGCCAUGGAAAUUAUUAGAGAAAAAGAAGAAGAGGGAGAAUCAAAUCAAAACGCGUUGGAGCUACUUUAA